UUUAACAUUCAGAUAUUUUGAAAACAUAUAUCAACGUUUUACAAAACAAUAUACCGAGCAAAUAUUUUCAUGCAAGUUAAGAUGGCAUUAAUCUGUGUGUCUUCUAUAUUCAUAUUUACGUCUGAUUGUGUGUUCUCGCAAAUAUUAUGCGAAGGAAAAGAUUGUUGUGCAGGGUAUAUGUUUGAUGUGAACACCGACAGUUGUAUAGCUUGCAGAACGGGGUUCAUUGGGGAAAAUUGCGAAAAGGCAUGUCCUUACCCAAUGUACGGAGAUGGGUGUCAGCAGAGAUGUCUAUGUGAGAGAGCCGCCUGCAACAUUGCCAUUGGCUGCAUCCCUCAAACAACAGAUAUUGGAAGUGUGAUACCCAACAGAACAGAUUCUACGUCAACUUUUACGAAUGUUACCGUGUUCUCCACUGAAGCGGAAUAUGAUGAAACAUCACUGUCCAGGUUAUCAAAAGCCUCAUACAGAACCAAAAAUCAAGAAACAUCCACAAAAAAUAUCUUAACCGAAUUUGUAGAAACAACACGGGUGAUCACAAAGAUGAUUUCCAGCACAACACUAACCAAACCUGAAUUUAUCGUAUUGAAUGGACAAACUCCAUUGUUAGUUGGCAUUUUCAGCUUUAAUGCGCUAUUUGUAUUAGUCAUUAUUUCAGUUGCUAGUUAUUGUGCUUGUCGAAGAUACAAAAACUAUAGAAAAAGAAAGAAAGAUAACUCCGCCAGUGUUAUUCAUUAUCACGAAAUUGAUGAAAAUGCCGUGGGUACUAGCAGGGAUUAUGACCCCUUGUACGCAACACACGUGUCAGAAAUACCGAAAAACGUCCUCGUUGAAUAUGAAAAUGAACCUUUCAACAGGGAAAGACAAAGUUGUAAAACUCCAGACCUGCAAUACAGAUUGUCGAAUACUACACCAAAACGUUUGAUAUACGAGGAAGAGUUAUCUUCGACGAUAAAGACUGAGGAAAAACAGGAAGCCGAUUUUACCGAUGACGGUGAAAUAUACUUGAUAUGCCACAAUUGAUAUUUCAUUUUAUGUGUGUACAUGUAUCCUGUUUAAUUCAUUUUAUUAACGUUUUCAAUGAGAAAAAAGUGUAAUUUUAAUUUUUCUGUGUAGAUUUUAUUUGUAUUGUACCUGAUAAUUUCAUUGAAGUAUCACCUGUAUAUUGCAUUGUAACAAUCCAUAACUUUUUUUUAUAAAUGAAAGCUAAAAGCAUUAAUUUGCAACUAACUAGCAUUGAAAGCGGAGUACUGCAUUUCUCCCUUUUUUAUUUGUAAAAAGUGUAUAUUCCCUGGAAAAUCCAUACCAUUAUCUGACAUAACGACAUUUAUACAACUGUCAAACAAAAGAAAUUGAAAUUGUAAUAAAAGAUAUAUAUAUAUAUAUAUAUAUAUAUAUAUAUAUAUAUAUAUAUAUAUAUCAAUUUCUCAUAUCGGAACAAAAUGUUUAACGUGUGAAAAUUGAGGUUUUUCUGAAACUGAAAACAUAUUCAUAUUGUACACAUUCUACACAUUUGUCAUAUUCAUGUCAGAUUUUAAUCUAGAAAAUAAAAG